CAUAAAAUACCAAUCCUAAAAACGGGUUAACGUGUGUGCGGCGACGUUUUACCGGACACGAACGCUUAGACGGCGACGCGGCGCGCAACUUUCACUCAGAUAAAUCGCAAAGUUUCGCAGUCACAAUCUUAAUUUUCUCUUAACUAAUCUCUCUCUCUCCAUCUCUCUGUCUCAAAACCUAAAAAUUAAAAUUCAUUCACUCUCCCUCCCUCCCUCCCUCCCUCCCUCCCUCCCGCACGCACUAUUAUCAUUUCCGAUUUCGCCGCCAACUGCCAAAUCUCUCCUCCCCCUCUCCCAUCCCCCUCUCAGCUUUCUUUCUCCCUCUCCAAUUUGAUGGAGGACCUGGAGUCUUGGAUGUUUUUAUAGAUUUUUAGAAACUCUUAAACGCAGCGUUUUAUAGUCGUCCCCGCACUGCGAGCCAAGGAGAUACGUCUUUUGGAUAUUGUUUGUCAAAUGUCAGAAGUUGAUAUGGCUGUUAUUAAACCUGAGAUGAUGAAAUCAUAUAUCUGGAUACAGACCACGGAUGGUGCAAUUCAGCAAGUGGAACAAGAAGUUGCCAUGUUUUGCCCUAUGAUAUGUCAGGAAGUAAUACAAAAGGGAAUGGGAUCCUCUAAGAAUUGUGCUAUAUCUCUACCUCAACGUGUCACUCCUGCCAUGCUUAGCCUAAUUCUUGAUUACUGUAGAUUUCAUCAAGUUGCUGGCCGCUCUAACAAGGAACGCAAGUCUUUUGAUGAGAAGUUUGUUCGAAUGGACACAAAGAGGCUUUGUGAGUUGACUUCUGCUGCUGACAGCCUCCAAUUAAAGCCUUUGGUUGAUCUUACUAGUCGCGCCCUUGCUCGAAUCAUUGAAGGGAAAACCCCUGAGGAGAUACGUGAGAUAUUUCAUUUGCCUGAUGAUCUAACAGAGGAAGAGAAGCUAGAGCCUUUGAAGAACACAACUGAUGAUCCACGGAUCCGACUUUUAAAUCGGUUGUAUGCAAAGAAGAGGAAAGAACUAAAAGAGAGAGAGAAACUAAAGGAUGUUGAUGCUGAAGAGGAGCAUGUGGAUGACCGCUCAGUUGAUGACCUCUUGUCUUUUAUCAAUGGAGGAGAUGGAGAUUCUAAAGGGAUUAAGACUUCCAAGAAUAAAAAGAAGCACAGAAAAAGAAAAGAUCUGCAAAAGUGUGCCCCUUCAAAUGAAGCCAUUGAAACGCCUAAAAAGGAGUCAAACGCUGCUAGUUCUCUAUGCCAUAAUGCUGAGGUGGAUCACGAAUUACAGUCCAGUCUUAGUGAGAAAUUAAAGUUACAAGAUGCGGCAGGUGAAAUUUUUGCACCUACAGUGGAGUUUGAUGAUGUUGAUAUUGAUGAUGAGAUAGAUCCAGCUUUAAAAGAAGAAAUUGAUAGGGAGGUUGAAGAUUUUGCUCGAAUACUAAAUUCAGAUUGGCCUGAAAGGAUGCAGGAGCUUCUAUCUUUGGGUCAAGAGAGGAGACUGACACAUUUAUCUGUUAAUGGCAAUGGUGCCUUGAAAGGACAUGCAAGACCAGAUCCUGGGCAGAAAUGAAUAUUCCAGUAUGGAUUCUCUCUCGGACGGCCGAUGGCUGGAACAAUUUUGACCAGAUCCUAAUGCAGGUAGCAUUGACGGCAACAAAAAGAGGAUUGCAUUGUCAUUGAUGUGAAUUCACAUGUAAGUUUUUUUCUAUUUAUUUUUUUAUUCUUUUUCUCAUAAAAGGAAAAAUAGAAAGAAUUGCCUGUGCUUUUUAGGAGGCAAUUUGAUUGUAGGGGCAACAUUUGUACUUUAAGAGAAGGAAUAAAAAUGCAAAAGCUGUUCCAUGAGCCAGCUCUGCUCAAUUGUUAUUAUCUGGUGUGGGGUGGUUGUGCUGUCUGUUAAUGGAAAGAAACUGCCUGUGAUGUUAUUUGUCAAGGAAUAUUGAUCAUCUUUCCCAGCUGAGAA